AUGGAGGCGGCGGAGCUGCGCUGCACGGCGGCCGUGGAGCAGCCGCUGCCGGGGGGACUCGCCCCGCGCCGCCGGCUGAUGCGGAACGCGACCGUGCUGCUGGGCCGCAACGAGCUGCGGCAGCCCGUGCUGCGGGUGGCCGGCGGCAGCGGCGCGACGGCGGCGGUGCUGAGCUUCGUGCUGGCCGGUGACGCCGUGAGGCUCUUCACGCGGUUCGCGGGAGAGGGGCGGGCGGCGGUGAGGGUGGGGCCGGACGGGGCCCAGGUGCUGCUGUCCGACUGCCCCCCGGACGCUCUGCGCCGCUUCCUCCGCCUCCUGCGCCUCAAGGUGGCCGCCGGGUCGCGGGACGCGCCGCGCCGUCCCCGCCUGCUGGAGCGGCCGCCGCCGUCCUUCUCCGUCAUCAGCCCGGUGCAGGAGCGGGACCUGCUGGGCGGCCCCGGCCGCCGCCGCCCCGGCCAAGAGCGGGGCGAGUGCCCGGCGGAGGUGCCCCGCGCUGAGAGGCGGCCCCCGGCGAGGCUCUCGGCGGAGCAGGAGGCGGUGCUGGGCGCCGUGCGGAGCGGGAAGAGCAUCUUCUUCACCGGCUCUGCAGGUGAGGGGUCCCGGCCACUCUCAUCGGCUCCCCGGAGAAAGUCCUGGCCAUUGACCUGUCGUUUUUCUCUCGAAGGGACUGGGAAGUCGUUCCUGCUGAAGAGGAUCUUGGGCUCCCUCCCUCCGAACAUCACCUACGCUACAGCCAGCACGGGAGUGGCGGCUUGUCACAUCGGUGGCACUACUCUCCACGCCUUUGCAGGGAUCGGCUCUGGGAAGGCGCCGCUGGAACAGUGCGUUCAGCUGGCAGAGAGGCCAGGGGUGCGCCAGCAUUGGCUGGCCUGCCAGCACUUAAUUAUUGAUGAGAUCUCAAUGGUGGAUGGCAAGUUCUUUGACAAGCUGGAAGCAGUGGCAAGGGCUGUCAGAAAACGGGAUGAGCCUUUUGGAGGAAUCCAGCUAAUUAUCUGUGGGGAUUUCUUACAGCUACCCCCAGUCUGCAAGGCUAAUGAAGAAACCAAGUUCUGCUUCCAGGCAAAAAGCUGGAGGAAAUGCAUCCACAUAAACAUGGAGCUGACUGAAGUGCGGAGACAGACUGACAAGACCUUUGUCUCACUCCUGAGUGCAAUCCGUUUAGGCAGGUGCACAGAGGAGGUAACCAGACAGCUGAUGCAGACAGCUGCUCACAAGUCUGAGCGUGAUGGGAUCCUGGCUACGAGGCUGUGCACCCACAAAGAUGAUGUAGAAAUAACCAAUGAGAGACGCUUGCAGCAGCUUCCAGGAGAAGUGCAUGUGUUUGAGGCUUUGGACAGUGACCCAAUGCUAGUGAAGUUAAUUGAUGCUCAGUGUCCUGUGGGUGGUAGAGUUGAGCUAAAGCUUGGAGCUCAGGUGAUGUUAGCAAAGAAUCUUGAUGUGUCUCAAGGGCUGGUGAAUGGGGCACGAGGUGUUGUUGUGGGGUUUGAAAGUGAACAGAAGGGGCUGCCGAAGGUGAGGUUUCUCUGUGGGGUCACACAGCUCAUAAAAAUGGAGAAAUGGGUCAUCAAAGGACCAUCAGGAGUUCACCUGAGUCGUCAGCAAUUACCUUUAAAAUUGGCAUGGGCCAUUUCCAUUCACAAGAGUCAGGGCAUGUCUUUGGACUGCGUGGAGAUCUCCCUGUCUCGUGUCUUUGAGAGCGGGCAGGCUUACGUAGCCCUGUCCCGAGCCCGAAGCCUCGCGGGGCUCCGUGUUCUGGACUUUGACCCAAAAGCAGUGAAAGCUGAUCCUGCUGUGCUGCAGUUCUACAGGCAGCUGAGGCGUCACCAGCUUCUAGCCCAGGAUUCACUACAUGCCCAUUCAGAGGCUGAUGAGAAGGAAAACUGGAAAUGCAACUGAGAAUGCUCCUCUAGUUUCUGUGAGGUGUCAGCUCAGCCUGCAGAGAUGCAGCAAUCUCGCUGUCUGUUUGAUAACACAGACAAAGUCAAAGGAGAUUUUUUGGAUGUUGGCUUCAUUCAGCUGACUCUGGAUAUGUAGAACUAUCCCCACCUCACAGCUCUGGAAUUUGGAAGGCUUCUGCAGACCCCUUCUAGCCCAAACCUUGAGUACUCCUGUGUCACAAGUGCAACUCUAGCAAACAAAAUGACUGAACAAGGAUGUGCCUGAGGGACAUUUCUACAGUUUUGUCCUGGCUGAGGGACCUUCCUACCAUUCUCUCCUGCCUGCUAAUUGUAUUUUAUUAUCUGCACAUAUAGACCAAGACCUUUCUGUGUGCCUUUCUUCAAGUAUAUCACUGCUGAGAGACAGAAAGUGUGUCCUCUUUGCUUCGAUGGAUUGCUCACAGGAGCUGCUGACACAAGGGAAAGCAGUGCUAAAUAUCUGGAAUACUUGAUUUGCCUGCAAGAGAAGAGCUGUUCUUGCUGCCUGACUCCAGGAGUCUGCAUAACAUCUUCCACAAACAGAACUGUCAGAGUUGCACACUGCCUGUUAUGCUGAUACAUAGCAUUUUUAUUAGUCUGUUGCAUACAAUGAGGUGGUUUUUUUUUUUUAACUUGUUGAAAUUAUCUGGCACUAUUUAAAAAUAGGAGGAAGUCCUACAUCUUAUACCCAUAAUUAUGGAACUAUAAAAACUGUGAAGAUUCAUUACCCCAUGAGCAAGAAGGGGGUCAGAGGAGAUGGGUGCUGGUGGGACCCCUCUUGUUUAAACUCAUGAGGCUCCCAUUCAGAUGGGAGUUUCUCCUGGAAAAAAUGUCUGACUAAUAAGGUGGAACUUGUGUGUGCAAUAGAGUAAUGGCUAAGGACAUGGGAAGUGAGCUGUAACUUCACUCAUUUCAGCAAAAGCAGAGAUGAGCAGAACUAAUGUACUGUCUUCUUAAUAAAGGAGAAGCUUUGGUCUUUGUAUUUUAGCACUUUAAAGUAAUUUGCAUAUUUUAAAAUGCUUUACAUAUGGGAAUAACAUGAAAUAACAUCCAGCUGGAACUUGUCUCUUGCAGGGGAAUUCUCUAAAAAAGCCUUUGCAGAGUAAGCAAGUUGAAGGCUGUUUCUUGGCAGCUGCUCUCCUUAAGGCCAGGAAAGGAUGUUGGCUAGCCAGUGGUCAGCAUAACAGAAAACAGACUUCAAUAGGAUUUCAAAAUGUAUUUUUUGUUUUGUUUUGGGUUUCUUUGUUUGUUUUGUUUGAUUUUUUUUUUUCUGGGCUUGAGAAGGUAGAAUCUUGGAGGGAGCAAAAGUAUAAGACAGAAGUGUGACUAUUAUUCAGAGAGGUUCUGAAUGUAUAUAUACAGGUGGGUGCUGAGUUUGAAACCUGCUAUUUAAACCCUACAAGAAGCAGUCAGGACAAAUCUGAGCUGACAGGCUCUGUCAUGGCUCCCCUUUGGUCAGGAUUAUGAUGAGGCCUUUUUUAAAUGGAAUAAUGCUUCCCUGUACUUGAGCUAAAAAACAUCUUGUCAUACAAUAAAUAUCCCUUUUUCCACAUUCUCCGUCCCAUGUUAAUUUUUUUACAGAGGUUCUAUCUAGAGCUAGAACUCAGUACACUGCCAUGGGAUUAAAAAAAUAGAACAAACCAACACGACCACAACUUAUAAUUUAAGCCUUUAAACAUCUGCCUUAACUGCAGCUAUUAUUAAGUGAAUUAAACUAAGAGUUUGAUUCACAAUUGCUAUUUCUGUUACUACAAAGUACAGCCAUUCUCAUUUCAAAUACAUUAAACCAGAAGAAACUGCUUUAUACCAGCUAAAGCUCCAUUAUACAUUUGUGUUAUUGGAAGCAUAAUUCACAAACAGAGUGUUAUUAAAACCUUACCAGCUUCCAGUUAAAGUCUUUGUAUGGUGAUUUAACACCCUUCCUGUUCUUUAUUGUCAUUUUCAUUAUAAUUAAACAAAUAUAUGUCCUCACAGCCUGUGCCCACAAGUCCUGUGAGCACAGGAAAGGCAGCAAUAGUCCUGUUCAUUCUGGAUGCUGUAAUAAACAAACAUAAGAUUGUGUCCAGGAAUUAGACCUUCAUAUCCAGAAUUGCUCUGAAUAGAUAAAAAAAUGCUGCUCUGAAGUAAUGGAAAUAGAGUACAUUAUUGGUUGUGCUAUGAAUGCUAAUAAUGUCAUUUUUCUUGUAGAUAUUACAAGUUUCUCAUUUUAUAUUAGGCUACUCUGUGACAUGUAAUUGUCUUCUGCUGUUAAAUCUAAGCAGUUCUAUUAUUAGCAUGAGAAAAGACUUAAAUUGCUAGAGAUUGCAUUUAGAUGUGUAAAAUUUCUAUUUUGCUGGUUCCUAUAUAACUAUUUUAGGCUUGUUUCUAUUAAAAAUCAUAAGGUGUUGUAUGGAAUAUUUUAGCUGAGCUACUGACUAGUAUAUAACUUAUGAAAUCUGGUUACAGAGGCAAAAUAAGUUGAUAAGAAGUCCAAGAGUAGUUUUUCACUUAUAAUUAUUGAAUGCUGCACUAUUUGAUUUUUUUUUUCUUUUAAAUUUGUUAUGGUGUUGAUACAGGGACCUGUCAGAUGUGACAAAGAAUGUAUGAGAGCCCUGCUGGGGUGGCAGCUCUGUAGGCACCAACAGCUUCCUAACUGGUACCACAUGUGGGCAACUGGGUUCCAAGGUAACACAUGCGUUACCAAAUUGUUUAUUACAAUAUUUCUGCAAUGACAGCUAUGAUAAAGAUGUCUCUGACAGAAAUUUAAUAUUUUUAAUUAAGACUCUUUUUUUAUUAUAUGGACUUCAUUGGGGUUUUUUUCCCCUCUUAUUUCUCAAAAUAUAGGUUUUUUGUCAACAGACAGGUGAAUGUGUACAGAAACCACACCUUACAUCUACUACUUCUCAAACCACUAGGCUAUAUAUCAGUUUUCUGUAGGACACUUAUUUUUGUUUUUCCAGUUACUAUUAUUCCAAUUACUGAGAAUUACAGGGGGAUUUGCACAGACUUCCAGUUGGAGGUUAGGAGCUGGUCCAGGUCUUUAGAUUUUGGAUUCUCUUGUUUACCAAAAGAUCUGUGUACAACAUAUUUGAAGGGAAUGCUAGACAUUAAAUUAAAAACAUAAGUAAAACUUCAUAAAGUUAUUCCAGUAGCUAAUAAUUCACAAAAACAAGGCAUCACAAAUCUUUUAGUAUUUCCAAGUGAGGGCUGGAAAUUUACAAACUUACUGAAUGUAACAAAUUAAAUACGAAAGACAUUGAUGUGAAUUAAUGAGAAAAACUUGGAUUAAAAAACAACUUCUAAAGGUUGUGAUUUAUCUGGGAAGAGAGUAUGUAGUGACCAGCCAGUUUUUAGGUUGUUCCAUAAGAAAAUUCCAUGUAAGUUGCCUUUGUGUUUAUGUUGGAUUAAUAGGACACCUUAUAAUAAAAUAUUUCACCAUAAUAACACCAGGUCCUUUCAACUGACAUGUGGAAAUACAAAGUAAAUUUUAAAAACAGAUCUUGAACAAUGUACUAGUAAUUCAUUGCCAGAAUGUCAAUGCAUAAUGCAGGG